GGGGCUGAUUGGUUGGGGUAGGUGGUCGUCAUGGUGACUUCGGCCUGGUGGACUGUCUGGAGCCUGGGGAGCGAAUGGAGCUAGAAGAGCAGGGGAAGUCGUCUCUUCCCGGGGAGCUGGGGUCCGGGGUGCCCGAGCUACUGAAAGCUUUAUGGGAAGAUCCCGAGAAACCAAGGCGGAGCCCGGGAGGCUGUGUGAGAUCCCACCGGCAGCACCGCUACAGGCUGUGCCCACUGGCCAGGGAGAGCUAUGCUCUUCGGAAGUUACGAGAAGCAGCAAAUGGAAAUGAUCUAGACACAGUUCAGCACCUGCUAGAUGAAGGAGCGGAUCCCUGUGCCGCUGAUGACAAGGGCCGUACAGCUCUGCACUUCGCAUCCUGCAAUGGAAACGACAAAAUUGUGCACUUACUCUUGGACCAUGGUGCUGAUCCAAAUCAGAGAGAUGGGCUAGGGAACACCCCAUUGCACUUGGCUGCUUGCACCAGCCAUGUUCCUGUAAUUACAACCCUUUUACGGGGAGGUGCCAGAGUGGAUGCUUUAGACCGUGCAGGCCGUACCCCUCUUCAUCUAGCUAAAUCAAAGUUGAACAUAUUACAAGAUGGAAAAUCACAGACUCUGGAAUCCCUGCGACUAGAGGUGAAACAGAUUAUCCAGAUGUUACGGGAAUACCUGGAAAGGCUAGGCCAGCAGGAACAGACAGAGCAGCUCGAUCAGAUCUGUUCCAGACUACAGAGGACGAGCACCAAGGAGCAGGUGGAUGAGGUGACGGAAUUACUGGCUAGCUUCACAUCACUCAGUCUGCAGAUGCAGAACAUGGAGAACAGGUAGUCAGACGUGCAGGCUUCAUCAUCAGGAGUGCUGAAUGUGUCAUUCUUUCAUUCUUGGUAUGUUGUAAACCUGCCGGCUGUCGUAAGAGUCUUGCCAUCCUGCACUUUGAUGGCUACCAUGCAGAAAGCUCAGAAGUUUUGCCUUCUAGGUGAAUUGAUGUCUGCAUACUUUAUUUGGCCUAAUGUACACUCAACAUUCAAUUCCAGCUUAAUGCCUAUUUUAAUAGCUGCAUGCAUUCCCCAUGUAAUAACAAUCCCAGAGCAUCUAUUCUUGUGUCUCUAUGUUGUCCAAUUGCUUUAUUAUUUCAACUAGAAGUUAUGAAUGAAUUGCUAGCAGUCUGUAGUAAGGGUACAGAGGGGUGGUAACCAGUUGGGGGGGGGGGUACCUGCACAGACUCACUCUAUACAGUCAGCGCUGCCAUUUUCAGCCUGUGCAGGUUCACACCCCCAACUGGUUACCUCCCCUCUGUACCCUUACUGCAGACUGCUAGCAAUUCAUUCACAACUUCUAGUAGAAAUAAUAAAGGAAUGGCAGAACAUAGAGCCAUAAGAAUAGAUGCUCCAGAAUUGUUAUUACAUGGGGAAUGCAUGAAGCUAUUAAAACAGACAUGUCAGGAGUGAUAAAGGGUCCUCUUUAAGGAACGUUUGUGACGAAAUUGAACAGUAAGGAGUAAAGUGCUAUUGAGUAAAGUGCUAUUGUGACAAUCUUCUCUGAAGCCUUUCAUUUCUGAUGUGUGGUGCUAUAUAUUUUCAUACUUUCUUGUGAAAUUUGAUGUUUUUUGGUGUAUAACUGUGUUGUGUGAUGUGCUGUGUCCCUUAUGCUUGAUCUCUGCACAUUUCAGCAUUGUCCAUUUAUCCCUAACCCCCUAUAGCUGCAAUUUUACAGUAUCCUGUGGAGGCAGUAUUAUUUAUACAGAUCCAUUAACUAAGCAACUGACAUUAAAAGUAAGCGUUGUCUCCCAGGCUCCAUUCACACUACCAUGAGGGCUUCCAUUUAUAAUAGAGCUGUGACAGCUAUAACCAGUCCAUUUUAAAAGGAUCCUCAUGGAUCACAUUGACUGUCUAUUCUUGCCGUCAAAAAAAAAAAGAACUAAAAAACGUAAAGUAUGUAUUAAUCUGUUCCUUCUGAGCAAUUGCAGGACACGUCUCUAUUUUGGCUUGACAAAGAACUGAGAGCAUAGAUGUACUUUUCAUGGAACUGGAGAUUUUUUUAAUGCUAUUUUCUAGUAUUUUCUUCUAUAUGUAGUCUGUUAUUAAGUAACCUUCUAAAGGGAUCUGCUUGUCUCAGGCAUUUAUGGUAUAUCCACAGGAUAAUGCUAUAAAUGUCUCGUGUGCAGCUCUCACGAUCUCACCUUUGGAUAUGCACAUAUCUCUAGAACAGGGAUCCUUAUGCAGCAUUCCCACUGGCUGGUGCAUCCAGGCUGCGACAGAUUGCCGGGAUUACAGUGCUAUGCUGCUUCUGGACUUUGUGAGAUCUGGAGACAGAAACAACAUAGCACAGUGAGUUUGGCUGUUUUUGUAAACCUGGCCAGCAGGACCCACCAGAUAGGUGUGGGACCCAGAGAUUAGACUCAUAUCUGUCAGACAAUUAUAGCAUAUCCUGUGACUAUGCCUUAAAUGUUUGAGAAGAGAAUAUGCCUUGAUGGGGAGGUCGCUGGUGGCAGUGUCUUGUGCUCUUUUCCCAAGUUUUGAUACUUUUUUUUUAAAUAUGCAAAUGAGGCCUUUGGUGCAAUGAAGGUCCCACCGUUGCUCUUGUUGCACCCAAGCUCUCUGGCUGCUUUGAUUGAUGGGGCCAGACAGUAGUUAAGCAGAGAGGGAGGGACUGGCCUCAGAAAGGAGCAAAGCUUGGGUGCAACAAGACCAAUGGUGACACCCUCAUUGCACGAAAGGCCUAAUUUGCACAUUAUAAAAAAGUAUCAUAACUCAUGAACAGAGGUUUGGAUCAACAAAAGAAAAGCAGUGUUUUAAUCAGGGGAACCACAGCUAUGUGUAUAUGCCAACAGUUUGAUGACAGAUUCCCUUUAAGGCUCAUGUGUCAUGAGACUGCUACACUUCAUACUGAGAUGUCUGGAAACAGAGCUAAGAUCACUCCAAAUAGCUGAGCACCACAUUACCACAUUUUUUUCUGUUCGCUAGACAAGGGUGGUGUGGCUCAACAGGAAAGGAGCACAGCUCCUGAGGUUGUUUACCCUAGAAGGGCCUUUUUGGCACACCCUCCAGCGUGGCCAGAGCCAUGCUUAAAGGGGUUCUGCAGUUUGUUUUAACUGAUGAUCUAGUCUCUG